AUGUUGACGCCCCGGUUCGACUUGUCCCAAGACGAGGAGUUCGUGCACGUGCGGCUGCGAGUUCCGCACAUUCGGAUGGACGACGGCGAGUUUUACAUUGACGGCCACGAGUUCAAAUUCCACCUCAAGCCGUACUUUUUGCGGCUCACGUUCCGCGCCCGCCUCUGCGAGGACGGCCGCGAGCACGCGAGCUACGAUGCGGUGGCCGGCGUCCUCGCGGUGCGGCUUCCAAAGGAGACGCCCGGACAACACUUUGAGGACCUGCACAUGCUCUCGGAGCUCCUCCGGCGACCGCAGCCUCCCGCCGGCCGCGGCGGUGGCGCUGGCGGCCCGGGAGCAUCACGAGGGGCGCCCCUCAUCGAGGAGGGCGACGAGGGCGGCGGCGAGAGCGAGGGCGACGAGGAGGCGUGGGCGGAGAUGCUUGCGCACGACGCUGAGGCGGAGCAGGCUCUGCCGACGGACGACCCGGAGCUGCGGCCGUCCACGGCGUACGGCUUCAACGGCCGCCACGCCGGCCUCUUCCGCGGCCUCGAGGCGGAGGCUGUGCUCGAGCUUCCCGACCCCGAGUCGGCGAGCGCCGCCGAGCGGCGGGCGGCGCGGCUGGAGGCGGAGGAGGAGGCGUUCGACCCCGACCACUACAUUGCCGACUUCAUGGAGCACCGCCUCGCGCCCGAGAGUGCCGGCGGCGAGGGCGGCGCCGUGUGGGACGAGGAGGAGAGGGAGGCGCUCGUGUCGCUUCCCUCUGUGGAGCUCCUCAUCGACCGCGAGGGCAGCCUGCGGGCGCUGUGCGGCCUGGCGGACCUGCUGUACGGGUACUGCUACGACGUGCGAGCCACCGAGGGAGAGCCGACCUGCGAGUCUGGCUGGACGGUGCGCAUGCUCUCGACGCAGCUCUCCUGGCUCGACCCGCCAGCCUCGCCCGCCGAGGCUGCGGGCGCGAGCGUGCGGCGAUCCCUCUGCUACCCUCUGCUCCGGCACUGGCUGCUGUCGCUCCGCGCCCUCGACGACGUGUGCUGCCUGCUCCGCCUCGGAAAGGCGUCGGCGACCCCCCCGGCCGUGGCCACGAUCCGAGCCCUCCUCGCGGCGCGCAAGCUGCUGCAGGGCGGCGCCGAGUACGGCUACCUCCUCAACCGAGCGUGGCUCGACGACACCGUGAUCUGGCUGCAGCGGGUCCCGGCGCGGCGGCUCGUGCGGCUGGCAGCUGCGCUCGAGGCGGCAGCACCAAGCAAGCCGACGGUGGGCUGGCCACUGGAGCAGUAUGAGGCGCUGGCA